CAGGGCACGCCCGAGUACAGUUUGGAAACUUCGGCGGGCAGGGAGGCCGUCCUGUCUAAUCAAAGACCCGGCUACGGGGACAAUAAAAUUUGCGAAGGAAGCGAGGACAAAGAGAGGCCGGAUCAAACUCUCUCUCUCGCUCGCUCUCUCUCGCUCGCGCCCUCGCUCUGCGUUCUGUCCGGGAGGAGUACGGAGAAGCCAAUAGGAUGCGGGGUCUCUAAUGGAUGCAAAUGAUCAUGAAAAGACAGUGCAAAAUAUGAAACAACUCAUUUGCAGGGAAGUAAAUCACCGAAAACUGUUUAUGAACUGGCAUCCCUUCUUCGAAAUGUAAAGCGAGGACCUCUUUAAGUGGCGGUAUAUUUUUGUUUGGGGGGUGGGGGGUGGGGGGAGGGCGAGCGAGCUGCGGCUGCCAUGCAAGCUUAGACUUUUGGAGGCUUCGCUGUCCUUUUCUAUUCCUGGAAAUCACAAAAAGUGUGGCGGCUUCGAGAUCUUCGCCUUUUCUUUCUUUUCUUUUUUUCCCCCCUCCUCCCUUUCCCUCUCCUUUUCCUGGCGAGGGUGACUAGGAGCCGGCGAAUCCGCGUUUUUUUUCUCUCUCUCCCUCCCUUUCCCCCUCCCCACCCCCUCCCCAACAGCCCCCAACUACAGCCGCCGCCGCCGCCGCCGCCUCAAAAUUCAAUAAAAUGAGCUCUUAUUUCGUCAACUCACUGUUCUCCAAAUACAAAACCGGGGAGUCCCUGCGCCCCAAUUAUUAUGACUGCGGCUUCGCCCAGGACCUGGGCGGCCGACCCACCGUGGUGUACGGUCCCAGCGGCGGCGGCAGCUUCCAGCACCCGUCGCAAAUCCAGGAGUUCUACCACGGGCCGUCGUCGCUGUCCACCGCUCCCUACCAGCAGAACCCGUGCGCCGUGGCGUGCCACGGGGACCCGGGCAACUUCUACGGCUACGACCCGCUGCAGCGGCAGAGCCUGUUUGGUGCGCAGGAUCCAGACCUGGUGCAGUACGCCGACUGCAAGCUCGCGGCCGCCAGCGGCCUGGGCGAGGAGGCCGAGGGUUCAGAGCAGAGCCCGUCGCCCACACAGCUCUUCCCCUGGAUGCGCCCGCAAGCAGCCGCCGGACGCAGGCGAGGCCGACAGACCUACAGCCGCUACCAGACCCUGGAGCUGGAGAAGGAGUUCCUAUUUAAUCCCUAUCUGACUCGCAAGCGGCGGAUCGAGGUAUCGCAUGCGCUGGGACUGACAGAGAGACAGGUCAAAAUCUGGUUCCAGAACCGGAGGAUGAAGUGGAAAAAAGAGAACAACAAAGACAAGUUCCCCAGCAGCAAAUGCGAGCAGGAGGAGCUGGAGAAACAGAAGCUGGAGCGGGCCCCGGAGGCGGCGGACGAGGGCGACGCGCAGAAGGGCGACAAGAAGUAGGCUCCAGCUGGGACUGCCAGGGCCGCGGCGCCCUCCGUCCGUGGGUCCCCCGACCACGCCACGGCCGUCGCCCGCCCCCGCCCGAGAGAGCUCUGGCCCCGCGAGCGGGGCCCGGAGCCCGGCCUCCCGCCGCAGCGUCCCCCGCCGCGCCAGUCCCCGCUAGUGGUAGUAUCUCGUAAUAGCUUCUGUGUGUGAGCUACCGUGGAUCUCCUUCCCUUCUCUUGGGGGCCGGGGAGGGGGGGGAAAGAAAAGGAUUUUAAGCAAGGACUCCCUCGCCCUGCGAGGGUGAGCGGCUGCGGCCUGGCUGAGCCCCCCACGCCCCCGCCCCGUGUAAAAAGCCUCCUUGUGCAAUGGUCUUUUUUCCUUUGAACGUGCUUCUUUGUAAUGACCGAAGUACCGAUUUCUGCUAAGUUCUCCCAACAACAUGAAACUGCCUAUUCACGCCGUAAUUCUUUCUGUCUCCCUCUCCUUCUCUCUCUUCUCUCUUCUCUCUCUCUUUCUCUCUCUCUCUCCGUCCUCAUUUCCCCCUCCCAACCCCUCUCUCCCCGCUGCCCUCCCUAGCUCGCUGGCUUUCUCUCUUGCUUCUCUCUUUUCCUCCCAACCCCCCCCCCCCUUUGGUUUGGCAAUUUCGUCUUAAGUGUUUCUCAAAAGAGGUUACUUUAGUUAGCAUGCGCGCUGUGGGCAAUUGUUAAAAGUGUUCUUAGGUUUACUGUGAAGAGAAUGUAUCCUGUAUCCGUGAAUUGCUUUAUUGGGGGGUGGGAGGGCUAAUUAUAUAUUUUGUUGUUCCUCUAUACUUUGUUCUGUUGUCUGCGCCUGAAAAGGGCGGAAGAGUUACAAUAAAGUUUACAAGCGAGAACCCGA